AUGCAGCGCUCCCUGCACCGGGUCUCCCUGGGCAGCCAGCGCGCCCACCCCAACCUGUCCUUCUACCUCUCCACCUUUGGUCAGCUGAAGCUGCAUAUCGACGCCCAGGACCGGGUUCUGCUGCUCCACAUCAUAGAAGGCAAAGGCCUGAUGAGCAGAGAGCCUGGCGUCUGUGAUUCCUAUGUGAAGAUCUCUUUGAUCCCUGAUGACAAUGGACGACGAUGUCAGAAGACGCAGACUGUUCCAGACAGCAGAGACCCUGCUUUCCACGAGCACUUCUUUUUUCCUGUCCCAGAGGAGGACCAUCAGAAGCGUCUUCUGGUUACUGUAUGGAACAAGGCCAGUACAACCAGGCAACGUGCACUCAUUGGCUGUAUGAGCUUUGGGGUGAAGUCUCUCCUGACUCCAGACAAGGAGAUCAAUGGCUGGUACUAUUUGCUGGGAGAGGACCUGGGCCGGACCAAGCAUCUGAAGGUGGCCAGACGGCGGCUCCGGCCAGCAAGAGAUGCACUGCUACAAAUGCCAGGAAGUGAAGACACAGAGAAUGGGGAGAAACUCCAGAUCACCAUCCCGAGGGGCAAGGAUGGCUUUGGCUUCACUAUCUGCUGUGAUUCUCCGGUCCGAGUACAAGCUGUGGAUUCUGGGGGCCCAGCAGAGCGGGCAGGGCUGCAGCAGCUGGACACAGUGCUACAACUGAACGAGAGGCCGGUGGAGCACUGGAAAUGUGUGGAGCUGGCACACGAGAUCCGGAGCUGCCCCAGCGAAAUCAUCCUGCUCGUGUGGCGCAUGGUUCCCCAGGUCAAGCCGGGGCCAGAUGGAGGGGUCCUGCGGCGGGCCUCCUGCAAGUCAGCACAUGACUUCCAGGCACCCCCCAACAAGAGGGAGAAGAACUGUACCCAUGGGGUUCAGGCCCGGCCUGAGCAACGCCAUAGCUGCCACCUGGUGUGUGACAGCUCAGAUGGGCUGCUGCUGGGCGGCUGGGAGCGCUACACCGAGGUGGGCAAGCGUGGGGGCCAGCACACCCUGCCUGCGCUGUCUCGAGCCAGUGCCCCCACCGACCCCAACUAUAUCAUCCUGGCCCCGCUGAACCCUGGGAGCCAGCUACUGCGGCCAGUGUACCAGGAAGACCCUAUCCCUGAAGAGGCAGGGAGCCCCAGUAAAGGGAAGUCCUACACGGGCCUGGGGAAGAAGUCCCGGCUGAUGAAGACAGUGCAGACAAUGAAGGGCCACGGGAACUACCAAGACUGCUCAGUCCUCAGGCCGCACGUCCCGCACUCGAGCUAUGGCACCUACGUCACCCUGGCCCCCAAAGUCCUGGUGUUCCCUGUGUUUGUUCAGCCCCUAGAUCUCUGUAACCCUGCCCGGACCCUCCUGCUGUCUGAGGAGCUGCUGCUGUACGAAGGGAGGAACAAAGCUUCUCAGGUAACACUGUUUGCCUACUCGGAUCUGCUGCUCUUCACCAAGGAGGAUGAGCCAGGCCGCUGCAACGUCCUGAGGAACCCCCUCUACCUCCAGAGCGUGAAGCUGCAGGAAGGUUCUUCAGAAGACUUGAAAUUCUGCGUGCUGUAUCUGGCAGAGAAGGCAGAGUGCUUAUUCACUUUGGAGGCACACUCGCAGGAGCAGAAGAAGAGAGUGUGCUGGUGCCUGUCGGAGAACAUCGCCAAACAGCAACAGCUGGCUGCCUCGCCCCCGGAGAGGAAGAAACUCCACCCUUACAGCUCUCUCCAGCAGGAGAUGGGGCCAGUCAACUCCACCAAUGCUACCCAGGAUAGAAGCUUUACCUCAUCAGGACAGACUCUGAUUGGCUGAGCAAACCCAAGGGCGGGACUCUGCUUCUGACAACUUAACCAUUUCUGGGGCAUCCCCUACCACACAGUAACCUCACCGCAACUGGACCCUAAAUGGAGGACCAAGAUGGUGGGCCUAGGGUGGCCCAAAGGGAGUGGCUGAGGGUGUUGUGUGACUAGCAGCGGGAGGAACAGUGAUGUGAGAGGCCUGUGGCAGCAGGCAGUCCCCGAUGGAGAAGACUCAAAAGCGCAUUUCCUCUCAGAGAGGGAGGCUGCACGGCAUCGGGGCUCUUGCCUGAGGGGCAGCAGGAGAGGUGACCCGGAUAGUGAACAACGCCAUGGCGUGCCGCUGCCAGAAGAGAUCUCAUUUCAUCUGGACACAUCCCCUGGCGUAUGCUCUGGACUUUGGGGAUGUCACCUUUGCCCCAGGCUAGGAGCUGGGGGCAUUAUGGAAAGCCAGAUGGACGAGGCUUCUGCCCUCAGGAGGAUUCCAGCAGAGGGAGAGCAGUAAAGAAACAAAUCACCAGCAGCACACAGGAGACCUCACCCUGGAAAAGGCAUCACAAAUGCCUUCAGUGGGCAUAUCUAGAUUGCUAUGGGGAGGACAUAGCCUGUAAACUGAGGCAGGGGGGGCAGGAAGACAGCUAGCUAGCUAAGGAGAGAGCAGUCCAGAUAGACACAACAAUUCACAAAGACCUCUUGAGCUGGGAAGGAGUGUGGUUUGUUAGAUUUGUGGAGAGAGGCCAGCAUGGCUUCAGCUCAGUGAGAAGGAGUGACCAAGUGUGGACCUUAGGGAAUGACUGACUGACUGAUUUUAUUCUAGAUACAGUGGCAGCUAGGGAAGGAAGGAAGUCACAGAGUCUCAGAUACAUGUCCACAAGGCCAUCGGGAGGAGCCCAGGAAUGUAUAAGGUCAGCUUGAGGCUGCCUUAAGUCCUUCAGAUGAGGGGGCGAUAGCGAUUAUCUUGGUGAGUGACUGGAGUGAUGGGUAGACCACCAGACUCUGGGAUGAGAAGAGAUGAUUCUCCUUUCCCUUCAUCCCUACCCUCCACUGAGUCUUGCUCUGGUCAUGACAUGAGAAAGGCUUUGGGGCCUUCUUCACAGAGCCCCCUUCUGGUUGAAUUCUAGGAGCCACAAGAGGUUCAGCCUAGCCAAGGUGGGAAGAUUCUUGGCCCUCAGGUCUUUGGGGGGGGUGUGGGCUCUGUAUCCCCAUCCUGGGCUGAGGAUGAGCAAGCUGGGACCCAGUGCUGUGGAAUCUGCCUUUGUUUGCUCGUGGCACCUAUCAUGCCACAAGGCCCCAUGAAGCCCUACCAAGGGACAGCAGUGAGAAGCCAGUCUGCUCACCACCCUCCAUAGCCCCUGCUUAGAACUGAAGAGCUCCCACACCCAACUUCUAACUGCCAAGACCCAGACGAAGAGGAGAAGCACAGGCCAGGCCUGGAACCAUGGCUCAUGGACCAAAAGGCUCUCUGAAGGACCAGGAAGGAAAAAUGAGUCCGAAGGGAGAAGCAGGAGAGAUGGCAAGGCCAGAGAAGCCCCCUAACCUUGGACAGUCUAUGUCAUUUUGUAAGUCCUUAGUGUCUUUAGAAAAGGCUGUUAGUUGCUGGUGGGGGGAGGAUCAUCUGAACCCCAGAAUGAUAGCCUAGAAGAGAGUAUGUCUCUUAGUUAACAUGCCUCCAAGUGGAAGAAAGCUCAGAUUAGCACCAGAGAUGGAAUGGAUCCGCUGGUGAUCAGGCCAGGGCCCCCCAGGGAAGGAGAUGCUGCCUGGCUUAGGCAAGAAGCCCAAAUGAUAUCCAGCCUCCCUGCCUGCCAGGGGCCGGCCUGGAGGCCAAAUCAGAGCGGCUGAGUGGCCAGGUCUGUACAGACAGCAAGCUGUACUUUGAUUUCAUUUCAUUCCCUUACACAAUGACAUUAAGGGCAGCGUGCAGGAAAAUCACUUGUCUGCGAAGCAGCACGCUUGUCUCUCCUCUGUCCCGCAGAUAGGCACAGAAGACAAGAGCUGUGUCUACAAGGGUAAUAGGAAAUGUGACUGUAGCACUCAGCCCUGGCGAUGUCGCCUCCUGGUUUGCCCUGACAAGCUGCUGGCUGGAACAGACACUACCAUCAACGUUCCAGGCCUGCUACCUGGAAGGGAAGUGGGCCUGAACAGCUGGGCCCUGGUCUGGCCUGUUCAGCCACUGUGGUGAGCCACAGCGCCAUUGCUGCUGUGCUUCAUGAAUCGAUGCAACAAUUAAUUUGGCUCCAUGGGCUCAAGAAGAUGAAAUAUGACCUGGUGACCACUGCUCUUCAGCCUCCCAGUCCACCCCAGCUGUUCAAGAUGAUGAACAAGCUAUCGAAAUUGCAUCUGAGAGUCAUCAUCACGGGAAACAUGGCCAACGCCCCUCCCUGCCACAUAAAUCAUGCUAAGAAGCACACAAUGGCCUCUUUCCUGAUAGGCCAAUUGUCUUGGUGUGGUGUCUCGGGCCUAGGAGCUGGUAGGAUAGACACACAACUAUUUAUUGUUGAAAGGCCAUCUGUGUGAUUUGAAUACAAAGUGACCCUUUUAGUUCCCCACACAACCUCUGCUCCCUGUUCGCGUUGUCUUACGUCUCAGAUUCUGAAGCCUUUGAGACCCACAUCUCCUCUGUACAUUUUUAUGCCUGGAUCUUUUGGCCCUUUCUGAGUUAGGACCAUAUGGACUUUUUUUUUUUUUUUUGCAAAUAAUGACAUCUAUUCUGUAUUUUAGUUUCCCCUUCCCUCUAAAUUUUGCCAUCAAAGACCUCAUUUGUCACACACGACCCUAAGGCCCCAGGAGGGUCUUACAAAGAAGUGCAGGCAGUUUUGCCAGGUGGGGAGGGGUCCCUAAAGUGAGAACUCCACGGUGAGCUUGGGCUUUGGAGAUGGACAGCAGUGGGGCUCCCUAGCCUUAAUCUCCUCAAUGUCAACUGGAAGCAGCUUUUUCUGGAUGAAAAGAGACCAAGGCUCAGAGAAGUUAUGUGAUUUCUCUCCAGCUCAGGUCUUCCAGCCUAAUCCAUUGCUCUUUCUAGAUGCAAAGGUUGGCGUGAGAGAUGGAAGGAAAAGAAGUUGAAUGACUUAUGUUCUCCAGAAAGAGGUGGGAGUCAGGUACCAGUGUGACUCAAAUUGUGACCCUCGUAGCUGUCCAGGGGAGGGGUAUAUGUAGAACAAAUAAAAUGAGAUGCUUACUCUCUUCUGGGUGGAGAAUAGGCUUCCUGGCAGAGUGACCCAAACCUAAUAGGUCAAUCUCUUCUCACAAGGCUGAUAAAAGCUUGAUGAGAAGACAGAUGGGAAGCGGGGUGGGGAGGAGGGAGUGUACUGGAAUGGGUAGGGCCUGCCCCUCCCCACUUUGAGUCCAGCAUGUAAGGGGGUCAGCAGACACAACCUUGUGGGGCUAGGAAGCACUGGAAUGUGGCCAGGCCUUUGCCCAGAGCCCAGCUAAGGGCAGAAGAGGGCCUGUGCCUGCGGAUUCCCUCUACCAAGAUUUGUGCCCAGAUUUUGCUUAAUUGGCUGAUUUAAGAUCUUGGCUUUUAGUGUCCAGGAAUCAGAUGGAUUGGACUUCAGUGCCCCCACCCCACCUCAUCCCUCCCAAGCAAGCUCUUCUCUCCAAAAAAACUCAAUUGUUUUCCAGGUGGCUUCCAGCUCUCCUGGAACUUCUCUUGCUACUGGUUGGGCUGAGGGAAGACUGCCUUCCUUUUGGGGCUCAGCCAUUUUACUCUUCAUCCUUUUUUUCGCUUUUAAGGAACAGAGAACAACCUCACCCUCGAUCCCCAAACGUGUCUCUGAAGAGGGUUGCUCUCCACCCUCUUACCCUCCCCAGGUCCUUGGUUUAAGGUAGAAUGAAAAGACUAGGUAAUCCAAAGAGUGUCCAAAGAGUGCUUGUACUGUGAGCCAGACCCAGUGCCCAGCUUUUGACGCACAUUGUCUUUUUUAAUCUAUGCUAUGUCCUGUUGGGUUUGUGAUCCUGUAACAGACUGACUCCUGUUAUGCCCAGUGUGUCAAUGAAGAUGAUGCUUUGUCUUAGAGAAGUUAAGAAACUAGCCCAGGAUCACACAGCGAGUCUGGCAGCCCAGUUCCGGAAUAUCUACUUUCAUUUAUUCUGCUCUGAAGUUGAGUUUUCUUGGGACCACAGACCAUUUCCCAGUGAGGAGCCAGGGAGCUGGGCAGUUGCUUCCCUGCUAAAGCCAUCAUAGAAGGCCCGGUCCAGGUUUCUACGUGGCUCUCCUGGUACAUGGUCAUCCCUCUUUGCCCCUGAAGCCUGGCCAGUAGGGCUAGUUCCCUUUCCCACAAAGUCAUUGUGUCCAUUCAGGGUUGUUGCCCCUGCCUGGUGUUUCCUGCCCAUCUCUGCCAUCCCUGCCGAAUGCAUCUGUAGCUCUUCUUACACACCUUGCUUAGAUGUUCGCCUGAAGCUGCUGCUUCUCCUGGACUUACUUUGAGGAUUUCUUUCAUCCUUUGCUUGCCAUGGCAGGCAGGCAGUCCUUCCCUGCAAGCCCAUGAGCUCUUUGGGUGCAGGGGUCAGGCCUUACUUGUCUUUCAUUCUGCUCUUGCAGAAUGGCCCAUCACAUGUGCUCAGUAACCAUAGCAGAAUUGAAUUGGGUUGCACAGUUCAACUCCUCUUCUAUCCUAGAAGCUAGAUGAGGAAGCAGAAUCAGAAAGGGGAAGUGACCUGGUUUGGGUCAAGUUGGUGUCCGAGUCAGAAGUAGACCUCAGAUCAGCUGACUUUUGGCUCAGGCCUUUUCUGUUGCCCUACAGCUCUGCAGAUAGCAGAGCAGAGCCUGGUUCCCCAGUGUGAAGCAGUCUGUAGGUUCACAUCAAGGUCAUGAUAACACCAUAUUCCCAUGCUGACAUGGGCAUCCCCAGGGGAAAGCAAACCUAAGGAAAACCGCUGUGUAGUUCUCUUCCCCAGGUUUAAGGCUUCCUCAAAUCUUACUCUGAGGAAUGCCUCAGAGUAAGAUUCAGAAGGCUUUUGCUUGAAUAUUGACUCAGCUGGUAUUUACUGUGUGACCUUGGGCAAAUUACUGUUCAUUUCUGAUCUAGAGAAGGAACUGGUCCAGGUUCAUCAUUGUCAUUGCGCCAGCUACAGACAUUGACCCAGCACCCCCAGAAGCAGUUCUUUGUGGGGUUUCAGAAGAGAGGAAGGGCAGGGUGUGGAACCUCAGGGCUCUAGAACAAGCAAAACCAAGCGAGUAGGUAAAUACUUCCCAUUGAAACAGGAGUGUGGUUAAAUGAAAAUGUUGUACCUGCUCAGUACCCACCAUGAGCACAUAGGUAUGCUUAUAGAGUUACUAUUAUAGUUCAGUUUUCUACCACUUCUUGGUGGCACAGCAUUGUGGGUGAAGUAGGCUAACCUAGGAAGCUGACCGCCAAACACGACACUGUUUUCAAUGGAAAAUAUGUUCUGAAACCUGUAAUCAAUGCUCACAAUACUUGGGGAUCAUAACUCAACACCUGCUUAAAAGCAUGGGAUAUAUUUCUGUUAAGGGAUUCAAUUUUUGUUUAAACCAUAGAGUUGUUUUUGUUUUUAUUUUUGUCAGUCAUAGGGCUUGA